AUGGCUGAUAACAUAGUCCGCCAGCUAUGUGUGGAAUUUAGGAAGAAGAGAGUUCUAUCUGGUAAAGCAUCGGAUGCCCUCUUCGAAAAAGCGGAUGCUCACCAAAAACUACAGCAAUCAAAAUUCGAUAGAUAUCUUGAAGUGAAAUCGAAGCUUUCAAAAGAGGAUAUCAUUCGAUUAGAACUGGAAAAGGAGCAACAACAGCUACUUGAGGCUGAACAAGAAAUGGCUGCAGCUGAACAAUCAGCAAAUGACGUUGAGAAGCGCUUGCAAACUUGUGUCGCUGAACUGAAGAGCAAUGUCUCAAUGCUUCGUAAAUCUGAGCUUGACUCUAGUAAAGAACAGCCUAUGAGAGAAAUGUAUCAGGACAUGUUAGAGAAGCUCUCAGAGUUGCAUAUUAAGUCUCGUGAGUCACAAAGAUGUUCUUUAGUCAAUGAGCGUUUGGUGCUAGAGGAACAAGAUGUGCACUGGUUUAAAGAUUUCUCUUCAGUAUCAUCGCUAAGUAUGAAGACGAGUCAAAUCCGAGAUGAGGUGGAUCGCCUAUCGGCUGAUUUGGAUGCAACUGGAUACGAAGGACUACUUCACGCAACUCGUCGUUCAGCAAUGGCCCUUAUGAAGGCUAAAUAUACAGGAAUUAAGAAUGAACUACUACGACUUAGACUCGGCACCCAUACAUUACGUAUUCGUGCUCGUUCUGCUCAAUCGAUAUCAGCUUUGGAGAAAUGA